GGUACCAAAGCGACAGCCUGAGAUUCCGCCAUCUAUAUGUCGAUAGAUUCCGCAGUCACAAAAUCAUGAAGUUUCGGAACCCAAACAGGUGGGAGAAGGGAAGAAAUAGAAAUUCGAAGAGUACAUUCUUGUUCCCGCCAUUUUAUUUCCUCUUCUCCGCACAACGCUGAACGACGCAUAUCAUAUUCAUUGUAUCACUAUUGAUUGGCAACGAUGAGUGUUAAGAAUUGCGAAUUGCCGUAUUAUGUAGAAUAUUCUAAAAGUGGGCGUGCUGGAUGCAAGACGUGCAAAAAUAGCAUCGCGCAAGGAAGUUUGAGAAUCGCCGCAAUGGUGCAGAGUCCGUUCCACGAUGGUAAAAUACCUCAUUGGUAUCACUCUGAUUGUUUUUUUCUGAAGCAGCGCCCAAAAACAACAGAUGAUAUUGCUAAUUUUGAUGGAAUCCGAUGGGAGGAUCAAGAAAUUGUUUCAAAGGCGCUUGAAAAUGUUUCAAAUACGGCACCUACUAGAGGAAAGAAGCGAUCUGACGCCCCAUUAUCAGGAGCUUUGAAAGACUUCAAAGUUGAGUAUGCUAAGUCUAGCCGAGCCAUGUGUCGAGGCUGUGAAGAAACUAUUAUUAAAAAUGAGGUCAGAAUAUCAAAAAAGGAUUACGAGAGUGAAAAUGCCAGAGCCUACGGAGGUCAAGAUAGAUGGUAUCAUAUCCAAUGCUUUUCAAAGCUCAGAAAAGAGUUGGAAUUCUUUGAAACUGGAAAAAAGCUUCCUGGUUUUGAUGGACUGAAUAAGGAGGAUCAAGAGACCCUGAAAAAAACUUUAAUGAAGAUUAAAGAAGAUGCACCACCAACAAAGAAACUUAAGUCUGAGCCUUCUGAUCCCGAGGAAGAAUUACAGCUGAAGCUACAAAAUCAGAUGGUUUUCAGUAUGAGAGACAAGUUAUCGGCACUUCACAAACGUGCUCUUAUUUCCUUGUUAGAAGCUAACAAACAAAAAGUUCCCGAAGGAAUCUCCGAUAUGUUAGAUAGAAUCUCAGAUGCAAUGAUUUUCGGAGUUUUAAACCCAUGCACAAAAUGCCAAGGGCAAUUGGUUUACAACUCUGGGCUUGGUUACAUAUGCACUGGUGAUAUAACAGAGUGGACAAAAUGUGAACAUGUGACACAAGAUCCAAAACGAUCAAAAUUCGUAGUGCCUGCUAACCUUAAAGAGGCGCAUCUUUUUCUUAAAGAAUACAAAUCUAGAGUGAUGAGAAGGUUGAUUCGUAUCACAGCACCUACCACAUCUUCUUCUGUUAAAAAAGAAGAUGAAAUAGACAGCGGUCCAAAAAUACAAGCGAAACCAAAACCAUUGAAAAAUAUGGAGUUUUUUGUAAUCGGCAAAAUUCAGAGAGACAAGGAAGAGCUGAAAAAAGAGAUAUUGCUCUUGGGGGGCAAACUUGGUACAAAAAUUCACAAAAAUCUGGCUGCCUGCAUUUCUAAUCCAACGGAGGUUGAAAAAAUGAACAAAAGAAUGCAAGAAAUUAAAGAGGCCGACAUACAAGUAGUUUCAGAAGACUUCAUUGACGAAGCCAAAGAAUUUGAUAAACCAGCCAUUAUGCUUAUUAAUAAAAAAAACAUAUGCACAUGGGGCGGAGAUCCAAGUUUACGAAUUACAGCAGUGAUGGAAAAAUCAAAGUCCAGGGGUAAAAGUCAGUUUGAAAAGUCUGUGUCUGGAAAGAUCAAGAUGCGUGUGAAAGGUGGAGGAGCGGUUGAUCCCGAUAGCGGGCUAGAAGAUAGGGCCCACAUUUACGAAAAUGGUCGAGAUAAGUAUACGGUAACUCUCGGAAUAACUGACAUACAAUCAAAGAAGAACAGUUAUUACAAGUUACAAGUACUGAAAGAUGAUAAGCAGAAAAAAUACUGGUUAUUUCGGAGUUGGGGAAGAAUCGGCACAUCCAUUGGAGGCACAAAGAUAGAAAACCUUCCACUGGAAAAGUGUAUAGAGCAAUUUGAAUUUUUAUAUGAGGAGAAAUCGGGUAACAAAUGGAGUCGUCGUGACAACUUUAUUAAAAUCCCAUCUAAGAUGUACCCAAUUGAUGUAGACUAUGGCGGAGAUGAUGAUACAACGAAAAAAUUGAUGGAAUCGGAGAUAAAGAGUAACCUGAAAAAACCGCUACAAGAUUUGAUUAAACUUAUUUUCGACGUUGACACAAUGAGAAAAGUAAUGUUGGAAUUCGAAAUAGAUUUGGCUAAAAUGCCACUGGGUAAAUUGUCAAAGAAACAAAUCGAUAAGGCUUACAAAGUGCUAAGCGAAUUGCAAGAAUUCAUCAAAUCUGGCGGGGUCGACUAUUGUAAAUUUGUGGAUGCUUCAAAUAGGUUUUACACGCUUAUACCACAUGAUUUUGGAGUAUCAGAUCCGAUAAUUUUGAAAAACGAGGAGCAAAUCAAAUCCAAGUCGGAGAUGUUGGAUUCGUUACUGGAGCUAGAAAUUGCCUACAACUUAUUAAAUGCAAAAACAGAUGAAUCUAAGAAUCCUCUUGAUGCCCAUUAUGAACAGUUGAAUACAGACAUUGACGUUCUUGAUGUAGAAACAAAUGAAUACAAAUUAAUUGAACGAUAUGUAAAGAAUACCCACGCAUCAACUCAUUCUCAUUACGAGCUGGAGAUAGAUCAAGUAUUCGUGGUAAAACGUAAAGGCGAGGACAAGCGUUACAAGCCAUUUAAGAAGCUGCCAAAUAAAAAGCUCUUAUGGCAUGGAUCGAGAACUACAAAUUUCGUCGGUAUACUGUCCCAGGGUUUGAGAAUUGCGCCACCUGAAGCACCUGUCACCGGUUACAUGUUUGGUAAAGGUAUAUACUUUGCUGAUAUGGUGUCAAAAUCAGCCAACUAUUGCUGCACUAACCGACAAAAUCCGACUGGAUUGUUGCUACUGUGCGAGGUAGCUCUGGGCAAUACCUAUGAGCGACACGCAGCGGAUUACGUUGAAAAAUUACCAAAAGGUAAACAUUCUACAAUGGGUCUGGGUCAGACUCAACCAGACCCAGACGAUUUUCACAUUACAAGUGAUGGAGUUCAGGUGCCAUACGGAAAGCCAGUACCAGCUAAGCUUUCAAAGUCAACUUCUCUUUUGUACAACGAAUAUAUUGUAUAUGAUGUGGCCCAAGUUCAAGUACAAUAUUUGGUCAAAACUAAUUUCCGGUACAAACUACAUACUCGUGGUCACAGUGAUUGUAAAACUAAAUUGAAGAAUAUGCAGCGCGUUAUUAAAUGUCCGAAACGAUAUUUACCUUCGGUGAACGACAUUUUUAAGUUGGCGUCAACUGUUGCGGGAAAAUACGAGUCGGUACUGAGCAGACCUAAUUUCAGACUAGUCCUGAAUCGCGCCCUUCGAAUCUCACAAUGCCUGUCGUUUCAGGGUCAAAUGCGUAUGCGAAUGCAUAAGGAGGUAUGCGCCAUUUAUACCGUGUUACGACGCAGCGGAUUCGAUAGUGAUUCAAAACUACGCUGCUUUUAUAAUGCCAGAUGCUUCUGUACCACAGGUACGAACAAUAGCAAUAAGGCGGCGAGUGGCGGCCGUGCUGGAGAGCCCUCAUCUCAAAGCUCAGGAGAUAAUCCGAAUAAAAAUGACAAUGAAAGAGUUUCUGGUCUUAUUUCCAAGUAUUUAAUGUGGCUUACAUUUUUCUGGCUGAUUGUCAGCUUGGUGACCAUGCUAACACCGAAUAAUAGUCAACGGGAGCAGAUUGUGUAUGUGUCCUGGAAUGAUUUUCUCCAUCACAUGCUCUCCAAAGGUGAAGUGAAAGAGUUGAUACUUCGACCUCAAAUAGACAUGGUAAUUAUAAUCUUACACCCAGACGCUGUAAUUAAAGGCCGUAAGAUUGGAAACGUUACACACCUAAUGACGGUAGGCGACUUAGAUCGUUUCGAAGAAAAAUUGAGAGCUGCUGAAGACAAACUCAACAUAAGACAAGAGGAUCGAGUGCCAAUUUCCUAUGAUCGCGGUCAUAUUACUACAGGCCAAACGAUGAUGGUUCUUCUUGCAGGUGCUCUACUUGCAUUUCUUAUCAGUCGCCUUCGUUCUGUAAAACCGUCUAUCAAUAUGGAAGGCUUUCGCCAAAUGACUCGUGCGAAAUUCACUCUUGUUGAUCCAUUAACUGGUAGGGGCAAGGGUGUACGCUUUGACGAUGUCGCUGGCCUGAAGGAGGCAAAGACCGAAGUGAUGGAAUUUGUUGAUUACUUGAAACAUCCAGAGCAUUACAAAACUCUAGGGGCGAAGGUACCGAAAGGUGCUAUACUUUUGGGUCCUCCUGGUUGCGGAAAAACACUCUUGGCCAAGGCUGUAGCAACAGAGGCAAAUGUACCGUUUUUGUCUAUGAAUGGCUCGGAGUUCAUUGAAAUGAUUGGUGGGUUGGGUGCAGCUAGGGUUAGAGACUUAUUUAAGGAAGCAAAAUCACGGGCGCCUUGCAUAAUAUAUAUCGAUGAGAUCGAUGCAAUCGGGAAAAAACGGUCCUCAGGAAUGUCAGAUAGUGGUUCGUCAUCUAGCGAGUCUGAUCAGACGUUGAAUCAACUGCUGGUAGAAAUGGAUGGAAUGGCUUCUAAAGAAGGUGUCAUUAUGCUAGCAUCGACAAAUCGAGCAGAUGUGUUAGAUAAGGCUCUACUUAGACCUGGCAGAUUCGACAGGCAUAUAUUGAUCGAUUUACCAACAGUUGAUGAGCGAGAGCAAAUAUUCAAGCAUCAUCUCAAGGGAAUAAAGCUGGAACAAGGACCCGAGGUGUAUUCCAAGAGGUUGGCUUACCUCACUCCUGGAUUCAGCGGAGCGGAUAUUGCAAACGUUUGCAAUGAAGCAGCGUUGCACGCAGCCAGAUUCAAAAAAAAAAUCGUGGGCUCUGUAGAUCUUGAAUACGCAGUCGAACGUAUGGUAGGAGGAACAGAAAAGAGACAACAUGCGAUGUCACCUACAGAAAAACGUACAGUAGCGUAUCAUGAGGCUGGGCAUGCUCUUGUUGGAUGGAUGCUAGAGCAUACCGAUGCCCUAUUGAAGGUCUCUAUCAUUCCAAGAACUAAUCUUGCCCUGGGAUUUGCACAGUAUACACCUACCGAUCAAAAGCUAUAUACUACAGAGCAGCUGUUCGACCGAAUGUGCAUGGCUCUGGGCGGUCGAGUGGCCGAAAGUGUCACAUUUAAUCGAGUCACAACCGGAGCUCAAAAUGAUCUGACAAAGGUUACCGAAAUGGCUUAUGCCCAGGUGCAACAAUUUGGCAUGAAUUCUACAGUGGGUUUGCUAUCGUUUGAUAAAGAAGUAACCGGUCAGAAAUCCAAAAAACCCUACAGCAAGAAGCUCGCUAAUAUGAUGGAUGUAGAAGCAAGGCGAUUGAUUAGCCAGGCCUAUAAAAGAACCGAACAAGUACUUAUUGCUGAAAGAGACAAACUUGUGCUGUUAGCCGAAACACUGUUGGAUAAGGAAACAUUAAAUUACAACGAUGUCGUAGCAUUGAUUGGCCCACCUCCACAUGGGCGAAAAAAUUUAAUUGAACCAGCUGACUUUGAAGCAUCCGUCGGUUCACUCCAGGACACCACGCAGCCCUCGUCGACCAAACCUAUAGAAACAAACGAUUCCGAACCAAGUUCCAGCUAGUAAUCUGCAGAAGAAAGAUUUACCGGCAUAUCUUCUCAUCGUGUGUUGGUGACGGACAGAGUGGCAAUGUUUAUUGACUAUGGUAUUGACUAUGACUUCGUUGCAUUAUGGUUGGACGUCUUCUCUAAGGUUUAAACAACACUUACAGAACUCGGUUCACCUAUAUAGCUGUUGUCACUGUAAUCAAUUACAAGAACAUGUAAAUAGAGCGCAAGAAAAACAGUGCACCUAUUCCAACAGCAGAUGUUGAAUAUGGGUUUGCAGUUCUUACUAGAGGGCAGUUGCAUUGACUACGCACCAUAUCUUUAGGGCGAGAUGAAAGAAAGCAAAUAAAUGAAUGUAUUGAUGAAAAA